AUGAAAGAUUAUAAUGAUAAUAUUCACAGACAAAAUGCACCUAACCUUUAUAAUAAUAUAUCGUUACUUUGUCCCCCUAAAAUGAAAAGGAACUCUAAAAAUUUAUCCACAAAUAAUAAUUCUAAUUUAACAGGAAAAAAUAUUAAUGUAAGUAAUAGACAUGACAAAAUGAAAGAUAUCCAUGUUCAUAAAUCACCAGAUGUUGAGAACAUUUCCUCAGAUGUGAAUCCUAAGUAUAGUAGCAAAAUGUUUUCUUUCAAAAAUAUAAAUUAUAAUAAGGAAGAUAAUGAAAUACAUAUAAAGGAUAGAUAUAGUUUUGAAAAACGAGAAGAUGAUAUGUAUAAUAUGUCUGUGAGCAAUAUGCAUAAAGUUCCUAUAGAUAAACAAGAUAUAUGUUCAAAAAUUCAUUAUACUAGUGUAUGUUUACAACAAAACAAAAAAGAAACAAAAAAUAUACCAUAUAUUAAUAAUAUUCAUAAUACAAAGUGUAUUACAAAUAAUAAAAAUGAUCAUUCAGUAGAACAGAAGAUUAAUAUAUAUAAUAACAAAUAUAAUUAUAAUAAUACAUUUUUGUGUAACAAAAAAUUAUGCACACAGAAAAUAAUUCAAUAUAUAGGAAAGAACCAAAAUACACAACAUCCUCUUCAUUCAUUGUAUCACACAAACAUAGUUAGAAUGAACAAGUUUAAUUCUUCAAAUAAUUUAAGUGAUCAAAUUAAUAUACUUAAUAAUAAUAUUCAACAUAUAAAUAGUACUUUCAAUAAUUUAAAACAAAAUAAAAUAUAUAAGAAUAAUGAUAGCAUAGAACUAUUUAUAAAUAAUAAUUUAAAAAAUGAUGAUACUAAUAAGUAUGCAACCAUUUACAAAAAUAUAAAACCUUCUGAAAAAAAUAAUAUGUACAAACAAAAAGAGAACAAGAAACAAAUAAAUAAUAUAAAUCCAUAUAUAUUUACAUGCCAAAAAAAAUAUUUUAUGCGACCAUCAAAUAUAUUACAUAAUAUUCAAAAUUGUGGUAUACAAAAACAAAAAAAAAAAAAAAAAAAAAAAAAUCAUCAAAUAAAACAUCGAUCAUUUCAUAAUAUAUAUAAACAAAUAAAUAUUAUUAACGACCAAAUUGAUCUUAUAAAUAAUAAAAUCAACAAUAAUAGUAAAGAUCAAAAUCGUGCAAACAUCUUAAAUAUAUCUCCCCUGUCUAUUCCUUUAUAUAUAGAAUAUAAGAACAAAAGUAAUAAUAUAUUCUCCUCACAUUUUACACAUCCAAAUAAUAAAACACACUAUUUUAAAAAAAUAAAAACCAUAAAGAGAAAUAUAUCGAACCCAUUUAAUAAAGAACAACCAUGUGGGGAAAAAAAGAAUAGCCCGCAAAUUAACGAUAAUAAAAGUUUUCGAUAUUUUGAUCAUAGUUCUUGUAAAAAUAAUUAUCAUAAUAAGGAGUAUAUGAAGAAAGAACAAAAAUGUCAUCUUCAUUCAAAUCAUAAUAUUAAUCAUGAAAAAGGGGGUGAUUGUUCUUAUAAUUUAAACACAAAAAAAAUAAAAAAAAUAAAUAACAUAAAAAAAAUAAAUAACAUAAAUAACAUAAAAAACAUAAAAAACACAAAAAACACAAAAAAUGUAACCAAUACAAAGGAUCAAACAUGCAUUUAUGAAGAUCAUACAUUUGAAGAAGUUGUUGAAAACAACGAAGUGAUGCAUUUAAAAAACAAAUCCAUUCAAUCUAAAGUAUUAAAAUUGAAGAAUCAAAUAUUAAACGACAAAGAUCAAAAGAAAUACGAAAAAUUUAUUGACCGUGGGGAUACAUGUAAUAAUGACGUCGAAAAAAAUAUUAAGUGUACAUAUAAAAUAGAUGAUAUUCUAUGUUCAUAUAAUAACAGUAAUAAUAUUAAAUACGAAAGAGAAGUAAUCAAAAUAACUAAUAAGUAUAAAAAUGCCCUACAAAAAUGGAGAUAUAAAUUUGUACAUAAAAAUAAAACAACUAAAAGAAAUAUUAGUAGUUCCAAUAAAAAGGGAAAAUAUAAUUUUAAUAUAUUUAAAAUAAAUAAACAUAUUAAAAAGAAGCAAAACAAAAAAAUUAAAAAAAUUAAAUCGAAUAAAUAUGGUAAUAUGUAUAAUUGUGUAGAUAAAAAGGUGAAUGAUAAUGAGGGCAAUAAGAAAAAUAAUGGCAAAAAUAAUGACAAAAAUAAUGACAAAAUAAAUCACAAAAAAAAUGACAAAAUAAAUCACAAAAUAAAUCACAAAAUAAAUCACAAAAAAAAUAUGAUAGCGGACAAAAAACCUAUAAACAAUAUGAUAAAAUAUAAGAUAAAACAACCAAUAUCUUAUAUUCAUACAGCAUAUGACAAUGUAUGUCAUCAGAUAAACAAAGAUGAUCACUGUAAACCUUUAACAUGUAUUAUUCAAAAUCAAAAAAAACGAAGACGUAGAAAAAAUAAAAAUUUAUUCAAUAAUAAAAAGAAUUAUACAAACGAACCAUAA